UAUAUAUAUUACAGUAGCAUGUCGUUCAUUCUCACACACUCACUAAGUUUGUAUCCUUGCACAGCUUAAUGGAGUUUAAAAAUCUAUCUGUUUUAGCUCUCUUUUUCUUGACUUUCCUAGGAAUUCAUGCAUCUAAAUCAGGAGAAGAAUAUUGGAAAUCUGUUUGGCCAAACACUCCUAUACCAAAGACACUUUUGGAUCUCUUAUUGACAGAUAAAGGAACAAGUAUUCCUAUCAAAAGUCAAGAAGAGAAGCAAUAUUGGACUAUCUUUUUUGAACAUCACCUAUAUCCUGGAAAAACAAUGAACUUAGGUAUCCAAAAACAUUCAGAUAUUCAAUCAUCAAAAUCAACAACACAUGCACCCGUCAAAAGAGCAAGCCAUACUUUUAAGACUCUCAAAGGACUUGGACAAACACCUGAAAAAGAAACUACUAAAACAAAUCAACCUUUUGGAACGUUUGUGUGGAGUGACAAAUUAACCAAAAUAGAAACUACUAGAGCAAAUCAACCUUUUGGAACGUUUGUGUGGUGCGACAAAACAACCAAAAUAGAAACUACUACAACAAAUCAACCUUUUGGAACGUUUGUGUGGUGGAAUAAAAAAGAAACGGAUAAAGAAAAUCAACCUUUUGGAUUAAGUGAACAGGGUAAAAAAGAAACUAAAAAAUCAAAUCAACCUUUUGAAACCCAGACAUUAGAUGAAAAAGAAGCUCACGUUCUUAACAGCUAUUGUGGAACUCCAUCAGCAAUAGGAGAACACAAACAUUGCGUCCUAUCACUAGAAUCAAUGAUGGAUUUUGCCAUUUCAAAGCUUGGAAAGAAUAUCAAAGUGAUGUCAAGUUCCUUUUCUCAAAGUCAAGACAAAUAUGUAGUUCAGGAAGUAAAUAAAAUUGGAGACAAAGCAGUGAUGUGUCAUAGAUUGAAUUUUGAAGAAGUUGUAUUUUAUUGUCAUGUAGUUAAUGCCACAACAACUUACAUGGUCCCAUUGAUGGCCUCUGAUGGAACUAUAUCAAAAGCACUGACAAUUUGCCACCAUGACACUAGAGGUAUGAAUCCUAAAGUGUUAAAUGAAGUUCUCAAUGUUAAGCCAGGAAAUGUAUCUGUUUGCCAUUUUAUUGGCAACAAGGCUGUUGCUUGGGUACCUAAUGUUAGCCAGUCUCGUGGUCAUCCUUGUGUCAUCUAGCAUAUUUGCACAUUGAUUGAAAUCUCAUGUUUGGACUUAUUCUAAAGUGAUAUAUGAAAAUAAAUAUGAUGUGAAAAAUCAUAUAUUAUGUAUAUUCAGUGUCAUCCAUGUAUUCUAAAUAAAAUUAGUUCUAAAUUAGUUAGAACUAUGGGUUUGUGUAUGUGCGAUGUAUCAGUCAACGGUCAGUCCCUAAUGUAUUUUAUGUAACAUCUUAUCUUUAUAUGGAUUUCAAUUGUCUUG